AUGGAUUUUAUAAAAAUAAAAAAAAAAGUGGAAAAAGAAAAUGCAGACAGAAUAAAUAUAAUUAAUACUAAAUUUCGAACAUGUUUAUGCUUAUUCAACAAUUAUUCAAAAUGCUAUAUUAAUAUUAAAAAAAAAUAUUUUAUGGACACAUGCAGAUAUGAUAAAAUAUAUGGCUUUGAAAAUAUAAAAAUAAAUGACGAAAACAAAAAUGAAAUAAAUAAAGAAAGCAGUCUAGAAUAUCCAUACCCUUAUAAAUAUGAAAAUAAUAGAAAUAUUUUUUUAAUUAUAAAUACUAAAAAUGUUAACUCUAAUAAUACUUGUAUAUAUAACAAUGAUAUUAUAUACAUAAUUUAUAAUAACAAAAAAUAUGAACAUAUAAAUAUCCAGAAAAAGCCAAAUAAAAAACAUAAAUACACAAAAAAACGAAAUGGACAUAUUCACGAUCAAGUUUUAACUAAUCAAGAAAAAUCAACUAGCGAACUAUCUAAUGACAGAAAUAGCGUAUUUUCAAGUUCAGAAAAUAAUGAAGAAAUAGAAGAUAAUGAAAAUGAACAAAAUCCAUUAUAUAAUAGUACUAUAUUUGAAACCAGAAAUAUGAAUUUUUCGGAAACAAUUGAAAAAAAAUCAAAAAAAAAAAAAAUUUUAAGCUCAAAAAGUAAUAAAAGAAAUUUAAUUUAUUCAGAUAUAGAUUCAGAUAAUAAUUAUGAAAAUGUAUUUACACACAUAAAUUCAAACUUGUAUUUCUUAAGUGUAUCAAAUAAACAUAUAGAAAACGAACAAAAUCUAUAUAUACAAAAUGAAAAAUAUAUAAACAAUAAUGAUAUUAUAUUUAGAAAACUUAAAUUCACAAAAUCUUUAUUUAUUAAUUUAGAUACAUAUAAUUCAUGGAUUAUUAUAAAAAAAAAUAUCUUAUUAAAUGAAUAUAUAAAUCGUUCUAAAAAAAAUGAUAUAGUUGAUAUAAAUGAUGUACUAUAUGAUAUUACAAACUCUUAUGCAAAAAUUAAAAAUUGCCAUACUCGAUUAUAUAUUAAUGAUGGAUUCUUAUUAAUAAAUAAUAAAACAAAAGAAAUAUUAGGAGUGCGAAAAAUAAAUAAUUCUACAUCUAAAAUAAAUUAUAACUCAAAUUUAGAUACCAAUUAUAAUACACAAAAAAAUAAACAUAUACAUAACGAUGGAAUACAUAAUGGAGAAAAAAAUGUAUUUGAUAUAAAAAAUAAAAUAAUUGAUGAAUCAGAAACUUAUAAAUUAGUAUUAAUUAAAAAAAUGAAUUUAAAUCAUUUAUUUUGUAUGUCUACAGAUAUAAAUAUUGUUUUCAAUUUUCAUGAUGUUUGUUUAAAAAGCUAUAAUAAAAUAGAUAUGGCCAAUAAUUAUUUAUUAGCAAAUCAUACAUUAAAUAUUCAUAAUAUACAUCUAGAAUAUAAUAAAGAAAAUACAACUAAUCUAAACUUAUCCGAUCCAGAUUAUAUAUAUUUUAACAAUUAUAUUACACAAAAAAUUGUAGAAAAUUAUAAUAGUUACAAUUUAUAUAUAAAAGAAUCUUUACUAAUUAUAGACAUACUAUAUAUUUUAAAUAAUAGUUAUGGAAAUCUAAUAUACAUAAAAGAAUAUUACAAAUAUGAUCAUCAAAAUUAUUAUUCCGACAUAAUAUUAACUUUAAAAAAAAAUAAAAAUAUAUUUAACGACCCCCAUACCAUUACUACUACUAAUAAUAAUAGCUUAGAACCCCAUAAAGAUAUCAAAGAAUAUGAUGAAAAAAAAACAAAAAAAAUGCAAAAAUCAAAAAAAAAACAUAGUAAUACAUCAAUCUAUUCAAUCUCAUCAUAUAGUGACAGUGAUGAAUAUAAUGAAAGCAAUCAACCAUCCUCUGCGUUUUCAGAUUUUUCAAAUAGUAAAUAUACCUACUCUCAAAUGGGUAGUUCAAAUAAAAAUAAAUUUCAAGAUUUAAACAAUUACUUGGUAUAUAUUAUUCCUAAAUAUAAAAUUGUCAUUUAUCCAAGUAUAUAUAAUCCCAAAGAUAAUAAUAAUAGUAAUAUUAAAAUGGUAAAGGAAAUACUUAAAUUAGGAAUAUAUAUAAGAAAAAUUCAAAAAUUUAUCGAAAUAAAUAAACGAAGUCAAUCAUGUAAUGCCACAUUCGAAAUAUUUUCCUGCUGUCUAAAUAAUAUAACAUUACAUAUAAUUAAUCAUAUAAAUAGAAUAGAAAAAAAUAUAAGAAAUAUUUAUAAUUUUACAAAAAUUAAUAUGCAAGGAAAAGAAGAAAUUGCAUUAUCUCUUUUUGAUGAAAAUAAAAUGUCUUUUUCUGCCAAUAAUGAACAACAAAAUUUAUUUUUCACUAUUAAUAGUUUAUUUAAUAAAAAUGUAAAAGACUUUAACAUAUUUUUUAAUAUUAAUAUAGAAAAAGCAGAUGAUAUAUCUUUAUACAAAAUUAAAUUAUGUAUAUUGCCGUUAAUGCAAAUAGCCAAAUUAUUAAAUAAAAUUAUUAACAAAAUAGCUAUAAAAAAAAAAUUUAAUGAUACAAAAUAUUUAAUAGAUUUAAUUUAUAAACUCCAAGAAUAUUUAAAUAAAGAUGAUAUUAAUAAAACAGUUUUAACAUAUUUACUUAAAAAUAUUACUAUCCCAUUAUUUGAUUUUAUCAAAAAUUAUAUAUUCCAUGGUAAGGUAAAAGAUACAUUUAAAGAAUUUUUUAUUCAUGAAAAUAAACAUAUCACACCAUUUUAUAAACAAAACAAUAAAAUUUAUUAUAUUAAUCAUAAUUUUUAUAAAUAUAUUUUUAAAAAAUAUAUUGAUUUGUCUACAAAUUAUUGGGGUGCUAAAUAUGUUAUAUUAAAUUCCAAAGUUCCAAAAUUUUUAAAAUCAAUUGCAAAUCAAAUAUUUAUUACUGGAAAAUAUAUAGACGUACUUUUUACAUGUUCAACUCUAUUUAAUUAUAAUACACCAUUAUUUUUGGACUUAAAUUAUUCUGAAAAUAAUUAUAACGAUUCUUCUUGUUCAUACAUACCUGGUAAGUUACUUCUUCUCAAUUAUGAAGACCCCACAUCAAAUAAUAAAUCAAAACAAAAUAAUCAAAUUAGCACAUAUACAGGAAACAUAAUAAAAUAUGAACAACCUCAAAAUAAAGUUGGAGAUGAAUUUUCCACAGUUGAACCAUAUAUAACUUAUAAAAAACAGAGAAAAACAAAUCCCACAGGAUUGGGUAUAAAUCAAUUAGAAAAUCGUUUUAGAAAAGAAAAUAAUUAUUAUGAUAUUCAAAAUAAAUUCAAUCAUCAAUUUUUAAUUGAUCAAACAAAUAAUAAAGAAUGUUUUUUAUUAUACGAUUCAGAACAAAAAACUUAUGAAGAACUUAUACAUAAUCAACAUUUAUAUGCAUCCAAAAAAAUGUUCGAAUUAUACAUAAAAAAUAUCGAUAUAAAAGAAAAAAUUAGACAUCAUUUCUUUUUCUAUUUUUUACAAAUUAGUGAUUAUUUAAAAUAUUUUUAUAUACUAUCACAUGACCAUUUAGAAAAAUUAUAUAAUCAUAAAAAAAAUAAUAUACUUACUAAAAUCAAAAAUUUUUUUGAUAUAUCACUGAGAUCAUCAGUUUUAGAUAAUUUAAAAUAUAGAAAAGACUAUAGUAUUCAUGUUUCUGAUAUUUUAAAUAUUACAGAUAAUAUCAAUCUUAUUAUUGAUUUAAAAAAAUUCUGUAAAUUUAAUAAAUCUACUCGAAAUAAUAUUGGAGACAAUGAUGAUACACAUCGAAAAAAAAAUAAUAACAUAGAAGAUAGUAGUGAUAAUAGUGAUGAAAAUGAUAAUAAAAAUAAUCAUAAUUUUGACAAUAAUUUCCAUUCCCGCACACAAAUAAAUGAACGAACAAAAUCACCAAUUAAUAUACAAACAAAUGUAAAUGUAGAAAUAUAUAAAGGACUUAUUUUAUCAUAUCAUAAUGUAUUUCCAUAUAACUUAAUAUUUAAUAAUAUAACUAUAUUUAAAUAUACUUUAAUAUUUCGUAUACUAAAUUAUUGUAAAUAUAUUGAACAUAAAUUAACCGAAGUUUGGAUAAAUCAUAUGUAUAUUAAAAAUGUAGAUAUGACUAAUGAAUGUAAAAAUAAUUUAAUGUUAUGUAUACAUACUAGAGAAUCUAUGAUUCAUUUUAUCAAAUGUUAUAUUUAUCAUAUUCAAAAUGAUGUCAUCAAAUCGGAGUAUAUGUCUAUGAAUGAAAAAUUAAAAGAUACAUUUAUUUUUGAUGAUAUUAUUUAUAUUCAUAAUAAUUAUCUAAAUAAUAUUUUUAAAUAUUCUUUUAUUAUUAAUCAAAAUAUUAUUAAUUCAAUUUUAAAAAUUAUUUCCAUUGCUCAUAUAUUUACAAGGCAUAUAUUAAAAUUCAGUUUUAACAAAAAUGACCCAGCUAGCGAUAUUACACGAUGUCGACCUGAACGUGUUCAGAAUAAUUCAAUCAAUAAAGAUUUAUCAAAUCAAAAAAAUUUUAAUACAAAUAAUAAAACUGAUAAAAAUAAUUAUCAAAAAAAAUUCAUAAAUGAACUAUUACGAGAUAAAGCAUAUAUAUCUAUGAUACAUAAUACAAUAAAACAUUAUGAUAAACAUUUUAAAAAUUUUUUCUUUCUUUUAACUGAAUAUGUAAAUAAUAAUAUUGAUGACUAUGCUCAUAAUUUUUUAAUCAAACUCGAUUAUAAUUUUUAUUACACAAAUAAAUAUAAACAAUCCUUUCAAACUAAUUCAUCUAAUUAUCAUGCAAAAGAUAACACAGAGUGGGCACCUAAUCAAAGUCAAGAUCAACAUCAAUCAAAAAAUUAUUUAUUACAAAACCAAAAUCAUAUUUCUAUUAAUACCACUAAUAAUGAACAUAUUGGAAAAAUCAAUUCUUCUGAUUAUCAUUAUGGAAACAAUACACAUAUACAUCGUCCCCAUAAAGAUGCAAGUAUUAACGAAAUUCCUGAGCAAGUUCGAAAUUAUAAUAACUACAUAAAUAAUAAUAAUGCUUUGCCAAUUAUACCGGACAUUUCUCCAAUCUCAAAUCAUAUGGCCAAUGUACCCAUGUACACAGCAAAUGAUGAUAUAUCCCCUUUGACGGGGUAUCCCUCAAAUCGCUAUAAUAAAAAUAAUGAAACAAAUUUAAAAUAUGAACUUAAUCGAAAUAACUUCACAAAUAUAAACCGUGAUAGCAACAAUACAUAUAGCCAAAUUCAUAUACAAGAAAAUAAUUAUAAUAAAUCAAAAUUAAUUGAUAAUAAUAUCUUAAAUGAAAAUAACUAUACUACAUUAUAUGCCAAAAACAAUCUACAAAAUAUUCCAAUAAAUCAUGAUAAUUAUGAACAUGCAAUAAGCAAUUUAUCACCUAAUAACAUUAAUUAUGCGAAAUUGAAAAAACAUGCUCCAUAUAACAACAAUAACAAUAAUAAUAAGCAAAUUAAUAGUAUAAAUGUAAGCAACAUCGAUUUGAACAGCAUUGAUAACAGUAUGAACAACAGCAGAAUGUUUAACAUUUAA